AUGGCCUCCUCUGCGACGUCAGCAGUGCGCCGGACCGUCCACGCGACCAUCCACUCCCUUUCCAGCGCAUCCGUCGAUUUGACCAAAGCAGCCAUAAACCUUCCCUCCACCUAUUCCAACUAUGUCACUACAAAUUCCUCCUCAGUCUCCACCAUUGAGAGCAGCCUGCGGUCAUUGACGUAUCUCCUACCCGGAGCCCGGUUCCAUGACACCGAACUCGCCUCCGAAUCAGUUCAUACUUUCGUUCAACUCUUAUCUAUUUACCAUGACCAUCUCCUGAAGAAUCGCUCGACAUCGCUGGCGCUUACUCCUUCUGUUCUCAAAGUUAAAAACCUCAAACUGCAGAGGCCGAAGCCAUCUCUCCAUGCUCGUUACACGACAUUCUGGACUUCGUCCUCGUCCCUGUAUAAUAAGAUCGCAACGGUCUUGAAGAUUGCGCAAUACACCGAGCUGCUAUGGGAAAUGAUUGCCAGGCGCCGAGGGGGUGAGAAAGCCAAGUGGCGUGUGGUGGUGUUACUGGAAUCUUUCAAGGCCAUUUGUCGUUUGUUGUUAAUGCGCAUCACCAAUCUGCGUCCCACCGUCACCCCAUCCUUGCCAUUGAGAGAAGACUUUGCGCCGGUCGAAGCGGAAGAACAAGACGAAGAGUUUUCCCUGGACGAGUUGAACGACAAUUUCGAUGUCAAAGAUGCUUUGGGAGAUGCUGGAGUCCCUACGCCGCCGCUCUCUGAUUCCGGGAAACACGGCCCAUCGUCCUUGUCUACCACGGAGCCAUAUAGCAUGCCUCGUACAGGAUUUACUCUGCCUACUCUACCAUCCCCGGACACGGUCUCGUCUUACCUCCUCAAUCACGUCCUCACUGCCGACGACGUCAAACCCGCCAAGCAACUCCUCCACCAAUUGACCACUCUCCGUGGCCAGGCUGCCGAGGUUAUGUAUAUAUUGCGGCCUCUGAUCUACGCGCUGCUUAUGCAACGCGUUGCACGCACCUACGGCUAUGAAGGGAGCAAAUGGAAGCGCAACUGGACCCCAUGGCUGGUGGGGAUCUCAAUUGAAUACCUUUCCCGCCAACUCGCGAAGAGGGACCUGGCUGCAAGAGUUCCAGGGGGUGCGCGAUCUGGUCUCUCGGCAUUGGAGCGUGAAGAGUUGAAGAAGCGUGGGUGGCAGCUCGCGUGGUGGGGCAUGCGAGGCGCAUUUUACGAGAACAUCACCAAAGUCUGGGUGCAUGGUGCCGCAGCGUCUUUGAAGGGCAAACCCAUCCUGGAUCUGCUUGGGGGGAUAAUCGAGGAAUACGAGUAUCUAUGGAGUAACUACUAUUUCAGCACGUCGACAAUGUGA